AUGUCCCAAACGACCCACUCCGGUAGUGGCAUCGAUCCCUCCAGCACAAAAUCCACAGAAUCAAAGACAUCAGUCUGUGACAAUCGCAUUCACCUCCUCCUUGCUGCAACUGGCUCAGUCGCGACAAUCAAAAUAGCCAAUAUUAUCAGCGCCCUCUCCCCUCAUGUCCACAAGCUCUCAAUAAGAGUAAUCCUCACCACAAAAGCCAAGCAAUUCCUAGCCGGCCAAUCCGCCGAGCAGCCCCCCGUGUCGUCCCUAAUUUCCCUCCCUGGCGUCGAAGCCGUCUACGAUGAUGAUGCGGAGUGGGGACCAGAGCCAUGGCGCCGCGGGGUUGACAUCUUACACAUUUCCCUCCGACGCUGGGCAGAUAUCCUUGUCAUCGCUCCCCUCUCCGCAAAUACCCUCGCCAAGCUCGCCAAUGGACUCAGCGAUAACCUGUUGACGUCUGUAUGUCGGGCGUGGGAUACAGAUGGCCAGGUUGAUGGGAAAAGAAAACGGAUUGUAGUUGCACCGGCUAUGAAUACGGCUAUGUGGCGGCACCCGGUGACGGCUCAACAUAUACGGGUGUUAGAGGAGGAAUGGGGGGUUCGGAAGGAUGAGAGUACGGGAGAGGAGACGGGCUGGUUUGAGGUUCUACAACCGCAGUCAUCGAAGGUGUUGGCUUGUGGGGACGUAGGGAGUGGCGCUAUGUUAGAAUGGACCGAGAUAGUCAAGGUUAUUGAGAAUAGGUUAGGCUUGAGUGAUAAUUUAUCUCAGGAUAAUUAG